AAGAACAUCAGGGACAGCACCACUCUGACCAGGGGCACAAUGAGGUCGCUUCGUUUCAUUUCUGCUGAAGCUUUAGUGUCCCACCCCCAGCUGGUCCAGGAGAACCUGAACAAUAUAGCCUACAACCUCUACCCACUUCUGUUCAAGGCCAGUUACCUUUUAGAGCAGGCAGAAGUAACCCGUGCUCUGCUGAGUCACUGGCCACUGGAGGAGUUCCGGCUGGCUGUGCUACUGAGGCCAAACACAGAUCACCCUGAAGACCUGCGUGAUCGUGCCUGCAAGGCCUGCCUGGAAGCCUGUAUGCAGGGCAUAGCUGACCAUGUGCUGAAAAGUGGAAGCAACCGCCUUCGGGUAGCUGAUUUCACCGGCAUUCAGGAUGUACAGGUGCAGCAAUGUCCUUGUGGGAGGGCACUAGGAAGGUGGGGCCGUACCAAGGUGCUGGCUAGGACCUGCUGCCAGCUCCAAGGACAGCCCUGUACAGCUGGGCACCCCAUUGAAGUCUUUGCUGACCUCUUUGUCACAGAAGGCAACUUUGAUAUGGUGGUGCAGGCCCUGAAGCCAUUAGGCCCAGCACCUCUGCAGGUCUGUUGCCCUUCACUCCGGGCAGACAGCCUGAGCCCUGGGCAGCUCCUACAAGUUCUUGGCCUGGCUGGGCCAGGCAACCUUAGAAAGUUGGAGGUAGUACACAAUGUACGGUUGCAUGCUGGCCAUGUGCAGCAGCUGCUGGCCCAGGUGGGCUUCCCUCAGCUGACUUCACUCACCUUGCCCACCAAGGCCUUCGAUGCUCCCCCAACCUGUGCCCCAAAUCCAGAGGAUGAGGAUCUUCUCCUUACCUCUAUUGCCUGGGAGCUCAGCCAGAUGAGCCAGCUCACUGAGCUAAGUGUAGCUUUCUCUACACUGACUGGGAAGAUCCAAACAUUGCUUAGCCCCUUGAAGACCCCACUAAGAGUGUUGGACCUAGCCAACUGUGCCCUUAACCAUGAAGACAUAUCCUUCUUAGCAGACUGUAACCACACUGCCCACUUGGAGGUGCUGGACCUCAGUGGACACAACCUGGUACAUUUGUACCCUUCUACCUUCUUCAGGCUGCUGAGCCAGGCUGCCCAAACGCUGAGAGUGCUCACCCUAGAGGAGUGCAACAUCACAGACAGCCACGUUAACAUGAUGAUUCUGGGCCUUAGUCCUUGCAGCCAGCUCCAGCAGUUCAAGUUCCUUGGGAACCCUCUCUCAGGCAGUGCUCUCCGGCGCCUUUUUGCUGCACUCUGCGAACUCCCUAGGCUGCGCCACAUUGAGUUCCCAGUACCAAAGGACUGCUACCCUGAGGGUGCCAUCUACCCCCAGGAUGAACUGUCAGUGUCCAAAUUCGACCAACAGAAAUACGACAUGAUUGCAGAGGAUCUUCGAGCAGUACUGCUUCGAGCUAACCGGGAGGACAUCCAGGCCUCCACCCCACUUUUUGGAAGUUUUGAUCCAGACAUUCAUGAAACCAGCAAUGAACUUGGUACUUUUUUGCUGCAAGCUUUCAAAACUGCUUUGGAAAACUUUUCCAGAGCACUAGAACAAAUGGAGUAGGUUCUGGAAUCAUGCUAUAAGAGGCUGUGCAUUUCUAAUGCCCUGAGGUCAGUCCUGGACCAGAUCAGGCUCAACCAUUUGUCACCAGCAACACUGCCACAGAUUUUCUUAGAGAAAACUGCAGGGAUACUCAUUACACGCUCUAAGCGGAAGCCAGAUAUUUAAAUGAGACAUGAGGUGCUCCUGUGUGUUAGCACAGCAAGAUCUUAAAGCAGAGGGGAAGCCACCUCAAACCAAGAUAGAAGGUGGAGAAUGUGAUCACCAGGGCAGAAUGUAGUGGGAGCAGGGUAAACUACCUAGCUCUGAAUCUGUGAGGGGGAGAAAUGAGAAAAUUCAUCACAUGUUUAUCAAAAUGUAUAGAAGCAACAGCUCAUAAAAAAUAGACACUGGGGGGCUGGUGAGAUGGCUCAGCAGGUAAGAGCUCCCGACUGCUCUUCCAAAGGUGCAGAGUUCAAAUCCC